AUGCAUGGCAAUGACAGAGAAAUAAAGGCGGCGCUGGCACCUAGGCAGAGGAGACCUGACGCCAAUGAACAGGAAAACAUCAUUACUAAGGCCUUCCUUCCAUAUGUUUCCCAGGUCACUGAUAGGAUUGGGACCGCUUUAAGACCAGCAAAAGACAAAAGAGAACCAUUAUCCUCUGCAGGGGAUCUACCGUAUACCUUGUCCUGCGGUAGCGUAUAUAUUGGAACUACCAAACGCUCAGUAGGAACGAUACUUACGGAACACAAGAGAAGCUGCAGGUUAGGACAGACAGACAAGUCGGUCGCGGCCGUAGCAGAACAUGCUCUAAGAGAUGGUGACCACAAAAUUCAGUUCGAAGACACCCAAGUCAUUGCUACAACAUCUGGAUAUCAUCCUCGUUUCGUCAGGGAAGCUGUUGAAAUUCACAAACAUCCAAAUAAUUUCAACAGGAAGGAAGAAACUCUCUACCUAAACAGAAUUUGGCAUCCAGCUAUAUCUAGGACCAAGGAAGCAGUACAAAGAAGUAGACCAGUUCCGGAAGAACCACCACCGGAACAAGCCCCCUCCGCCGACGCAUAA